AUAUUCCCCAAUCACUUCGAAAUCUACUCCAUCGUCUUGCCUCCCCAAUUCUGAGAAAAAAAUCACAAAAUCUCAACGAAUCCAGCCAUGGCCGCCAAGCCGCUCUUCGUCGUUGCUCUCCUUAUCCUCUCCCUCUCUCACCUCUCCUCUUCAAAUGCUAUCCUUGAUGAGUCAUCUGUACCUUCGCCGUCGACGGCCCACGCCGAGCUAAAUAACUACGGCUUCCCCACCGGCCUGCUCCCGGCCGACGUGCUAGGCUACAGCCUCAACACCACCUCCGGCGAAUUCGCCAUCCGCCUCGGCGACGACUGCAAGCUCACCCUCCCUCCGGACAACUACAAGGCCACCUACUCCAGGCGCAUCACCGGCAAAAUCGUGGCCGGCCGCAUCGCGGAUCUCGACGGCAUUAGGGUUCGGGCGUUCUUCAAGUGGUGGUCCAUCACCGGCAUCCGGUCCAGCGGCGACGAUUUGGUGUUCGAGGUCGGCAUGGUCACCGCCAAAUACCCCUCCAAGAACUUUGUCGAGAGUCCAGCGUGCGAGGGCAAGCGCUCCGAUUCGUAGGUGAUAUGUUCAAGUUGUGGAAAUAGCCUAUCUGCAAAACAAUGAUCUUAUCGGCUGCUUUUGAGCUAUAGAUUGUGCGGUAGAUUCGACAGAUAAGCUAGGGGAUUAUGACCAAAAAAGCUUGCUUAAGGCGUUAUAGUGAAUAAAGUCUAGGCAAAUGCUUUAUGUGAAACAUUUCCCACUUCGUGGUGUGCUGUAUAUUCAGACAUAUACUCUGUUACUUAUCCAUGAGUACUACAUUAACUUUGUAUUGGCUAAGCUGUUUCCCCCCUCCUCAUUUAAUCA